AUACGGCCUCCUAUUGUGAAUGGCCCAAUGCCGGCACGGCCACUGGUUGCACUCCUGGAUGGACGAGAUUGCACUGUGGAGAUGCCCAUCUUGAAGGAUGUUGCUACAGUGGCAUUUUGUGAUGCUCAGUCAACUCAGGAAAUCCAUGAAAAGGUGCUGAAUGAGGCAGUAGGAGCUCUGAUGUAUCACACCAUUACCCUUUCUCGUCAGGAUCUGGAGAAAUUCAAAGCCCUCAGGGUCAUUGUGCGUAUUGGCAGUGGCUAUGACAAUGUUGACAUCAAAUCUGCUGCAGAAUUAGGCAUUGCAGUUUGCAACAUCCCUUCCUCCUCAGUAGAGGAGACUGCUGACUCCACCCUCUGCCACAUCUUGAACCUCUAUCGCCGUGUUACUUGGCUACAUCAGGCUAUGCGGGAAGGGAAUCGAGCCUCGAGUGUAGAACAGAUUCGAGAGGUGGCUGGAGGCGCUGUGCGUAUCCGUGGGGAGACUUUGGGCAUCAUUGGACUAGGCCGAGUUGGACAGGCAGUGGCUCUGCGAGCCAAGUCCUUUGGCUUCAACGUGAUUUUCUAUGAUCCCUAUCUGCCGGAUGGAGUGGAGCGAUCCUUGGGUUUACAACGAGUAGGAACCCUGCAGGAUCUACUAAUGCACAGCGAUUGCAUCACAUUGCACUGCAGCCUGAAUGAACAUAACCAUCACCUCAUCAAUGACUUCACUAUUAAACAGAUGCGCCAGGGCUGCUUCUUAGUGAACACAGCCCGGGGAGGGCUGGUAGAUGAGAAAGCCUUAGCACAAGCCUUGAAAGAAGGGAGAAUCAGAGGAACAGCAUUGGAUGUGCAUGAGUCUGAGCCUUUCAGCUUUGCUCAGGGGCCCUUAAAAGAUGCACCCAAUGUGAUCUGCACCCCUCACACUGCCUGGUACAGUGAGCAGGCUUCCAUUGAAUCCAGAGAAGAUGCAGCUAAAGAGAUCCGCAGAGCUAUUACAGGUCACAUACCUGAUGCUUUGAGGAACUGUGUUAAUAAGGAGUACUUGCUGUUAGCAGCUCAGUGGUCCAGUAUUGAUCCUGCAACUGUCCACCCAGAACUCAACGGAGCUGCAGCUUACAGGUUUCCUCCAGGAGUAGUGGGAGUAGCCACCCCUGGGCUACCAGAACCACCAGUAGUGGAAGGGAUUGUAACUCAUGGGAUCCCUUCUGUUUCUCACUCUGCACCCCGUACCCCUUCCCCAGGAGAGACGAGCAAACUGGAUGCAGACAGAGAGAUUCCUGCGGACCAAUAGCAGCAUCUUUCUCUCCUCUUCUCUGGCAGCAGAAAAAAGUAGGAGGGUAUCUCCUCCUAGGACCUUCUUUAACACCCUACAGAGACUGUUUCCUGUUCAUACAGGACGGGAGAAUACAUUUCAUUACCGGCAAACUUUAGCUCUUGCCUUUAUUUUGUAACCCUUUAGUUUUAAUCUCUCAAUGAAUCUUUCUCCUUCUCUGGAGCAGGGCAGCAGUGACCUUGCCUCCCCUCUGAAAUACUUGGUUUAACCAACGAUUUUUCCCAUAUAUCUGCCUCAGCUGUCUGUGACAGGAAACUG